ACAUAGGGGGAUUCAAUAGAAAAAGUCUCUUGUUUUGUGCUUGUUUUCACAGGCCUGGUUGCUUAUCUCGCGACAUCUGGCAACACUGCUUUGGACUUACUUUCACGCACUGACAUCUCGCUGAAUUGUCGGUCUUUAUUCAGUUUCACCACAUCUACGGUAUUCACCAUGCCGCUGAAUUCAUGUAUGGCGAGUAAAAAUUACGAUUUCGACUACGAAUCUUACCAGCCCUAUUUCUAUUUCGACAAUGAUGAUGAGGAUUUCUAUAACCAGCAGCACGGACAGCCACCGUCGCCCAUUGACUACUCCUCGAUUAUCAUUAAGGACUGUAUGUGGAGUGGUUUCUCCGCUGCGGCUAAACUGGAGAAGGCGGUGUCUGAGAGAUUAGCGUCGCUCCAGGCGGCGAGGAAAGAGUCCUCCAGGAGCGACAGCUACCUCCAGGACAUGAGCACUCCUGUUGCCUCACAGUGCAUUGACCCGUCAGUGGUGUGCCCUUUCCCGCUGACUGACAGCUCAAAGCCGUGUAGACCGUCAUCAAAACCGACUUCCCCAACACUGCCGCUGGACACUCCUCCGAACAGCGGGAGCAGCAGUGACAGCGAUUCCGAUGACGAAGAGGAGGAGGAAAUCGACGCAAGGCAUCAGAGCACCGUCGUCCUCAAGCGGUGUCACGUUAAUAUUCACCAACACAAUUACGCCGCGCAGCCGUCCACGCGGAGCGAGCAUAACGAUGACGAAGAGGACGAGGAAAUUGAAAUUUAUAUUUCCUGCACAAUGUAAAGUCAUGAUAGAAACAUUUAUUAUAGUUUCAGUUUAAGUCUUUAGUCCUCUAAUUAAACAGUGAAAAUGUGGUUUAAAA